UCUCGGACCAUCAGGUAUUGGAGAGCAACUUUUUUUUCUUGUUCAAGGUGUACCUGGCACGGGAAGUGAAAGACACCGCAGAUCUUUUUCUGAGAUACAAACAGAGUGAGACAAUCUCCAAGCCUCCCCCUCUGUAACCACCUGCUAUACCAUGGGAUGUCGGCAAAGCUCUGAGGAGAAAGAGGCAGCGCGGCGGUCCCGUAGGAUUGACCGCCACCUGCGCUCUGAAAGUCAGCGACAGCGAAGAGAGAUUAAGCUCCUACUCCUGGGUACCAGCAAUUCUGGGAAGAGCACUAUUGUAAAGCAGAUGAAAAUCAUUCAUAGUGGUGGCUUUAACUUGGAGGCCUGUAAGGAAUACAAACCUCUGAUUAUCUAUAAUGCAAUUGACUCUCUCACACGUAUUAUUCGGGCUCUAGCCACCCUUAAGAUAGAGUUUCACAAUCCUGACAGAGCAUAUGAUGCUGUACAGCUUUUUGCCCUGACAGGCCCAGCUGAGAGCAAAGGUGAGAUUACCCCUGAGCUCCUGGGAGUCAUGAAACGGCUCUGGGCAGACCCUGGUGUGCAGGAGUGUUUUUGCCGCUCCAACGAGUACCACCUAGAGGAUAAUGCUGCAUACUACUUAAAUGACCUAGAAAGGAUUGCAGCACUGGACUACAUCCCUACAGUGGAAGAUAUUCUUCGUUCUCGGGACAUGACCACAGGGAUUGUAGAAAAUAAGUUCACCUUCAAAGAGCUGACUUUCAAAAUGGUGGAUGUGGGUGGACAGAGAUCUGAACGCAAAAAAUGGAUCCACUGUUUUGAGGGGGUUACAGCAAUAAUUUUCUGUGUGGAGCUGAGUGGAUAUGACUUGAAGCUGUAUGAAGAUAACCAAACAAGUCGAAUGGCAGAAAGUUUGCGUCUCUUUGAUUCCAUCUGCAACAACAAUUGGUUUAUCAACACCUCCCUCAUUCUUUUUUUGAAUAAGAAAGAUCUGCUGGCAGAAAAAAUCCGACGCAUACCUUUAACAGUCUGCUUUCCUGAAUACAAAGGCCAAAACACUUAUGAAGAGGCAGCAGUCUACAUCCAACGCCAGUUUGAGGACUUAAAUCGCAACAAGGAAACCAAGGAGAUUUACUCACACUUUACCUGCGCCACUGAUACCAGUAACAUACAAUUUGUCUUUGAUGCAGUGACAGAUGUCAUCAUUCAGAACAAUCUCAAAUAUAUUGGCCUCUGCUAAGAAUCCUUGGGCUUAAUCUGUUUUGCUGAAGUGAUAAAAAAGGGGCUAAUCACUGCCACUUCUCAUUUAAAUAAAUGGGGCAAUGCUUAGUAGCCCAAGGAGAGAAAAGGGGAAAUCUGAUGUAUGUACACAGUUCCUCUUAUGCCCCCUUAACCUGCUACAUAAUUUUUCACAAAUACAUGAUCUGGAGAGAGAAAGCCUCCUCUCCAAAAACCCCACACAAUUCUGCCCCACUUAGCAAAAAAAAGAACCCAAAUUAAAACAAAGAAAGAGAUUGAGGCCUAACUCUGUGGAUAAUUUUUCACCAUAGUCACUGCACUUUUACUCCAUUUGUUUCAUUCUGUUUUCCUACAGUGGGAGUGUUAUCAUGUUGUGUGUAAGAAAUAAUUCUUCAUCCAGUUGUCCUAAAAUUUUACUGACACAAAGGUAAAAAGCUGGUGAGUGAUAAAUGAACUUGUUUGCAGGGUAUAGAGCAGAAUGGUUGUGUUGUGAGAAAAAAGCUGGUUCAAAGCUGAGGCUAUAGAACAGGCGAGUUUUAGCAAAAUACUACUUAAAAUCGUAUAGAAUGGGCAUGCACCCACAAUAGUGGUACACACAAACAGUAUAUACCUAUACAUCAUGUGUGCACAUGACUCAUAGCACAUACUAUGUACACAUUUCUGCUUUGCUUUACUGUUUAUCACCUUGCCUGUUUAAGGAAUUGUUGGUGUGCAACUGUUGUGUGAUUUCCAACCUGACAAGCAGCUCAUUCUGAACUUGAAGGCUUCAAAUAUGCAGCAAAACUACAUAAAAUCAAUCUAUGAAUAGGCCAAAUUAAGGUCAGUGUUUCUUCUACUAUUAAGGAGUUUUAUACACCAAACUAGUCUUCUUUUACAUCUUUUUUUGCCAAAUCUUGUGGUGUUUCACAAAAACCAAACUAUAUUUAAGUAGGUUAGUGUUCCUUUUUUAAUACAGAUAAAAUAAAUCACAAGGCAAUUUUUAAAAUUAUUGUUGUAGUGUCUGGAUUGCUGAAUGUGAAAGUUGCCAACAGCCAAUUCUGUUCCACUGCUCCAACUGCAUUCUGGGAAUUGUAAUAUUGUAACAGAUUUCCUAAGAAGCAGGAGCUGUGGAGAUUGUGUAGUAUAUAGCCUCCAAAGUAUUUUUUUCUUUUUUUCUUCUUUUUUUGUUUUUUUUUAAAUUAUUUUUAAAAUGUGCUGUAUUAUUAGAAGGUUAAAGAUGAGCGAUAUGAACAAUAACUAAAUGUCUUGGUAUUUCAAUUUAAUAAUUUAAAUUAUUUACAGUUUAGUGAACUUAAGGAAACUGAAGAGAUGCAUUCCUCAGCUCCAGGUUUCAUCUCAUAAAGAAACACUACUGGAUGGAUUAACAUUCCAGCAAAAGUUUGAAUGCAUAAGAAGCUCUGUGGGACUAUACUGGAAAAUCUCAAAUGGAUCAUAUAGACCUAAGUAUUUGGUCAGUUGAUUCUUUCCCCUGCCAUAGAAAAGACUUCUUAAAGACUUCAGUGUAAAGUUGGUGUGUAAAUAUAUGUUUGAUAAUUGUAAAGCACAUAAGUACACAGAGACACAGACACACAUGCACACUGGAAAAUAACCUACUUUUGUUCCCCCUAUGUAUUAUGAUUAGGGCAAGAAAUCUCAGCCAAGGGCUCUAAGAAAUUUCAAACAAAAUGGUUAAUAACAUCAACAUUUAAAUUGUCCACUUAAAAAAUAAAUAAUUCAAAUGAUA